ACUAAAGACGCUGAUGGACACUAAAAGAGGAGAGGGUGAACUUGUAAAAGACGUCUGUCCGGAAGUGAUCUGUUACAGCAUUGGUUACUGAGGGUAGUUUCUGGUUGUUGUUUUUUCUUCCAACAAUGUUUUCGAGGAUGGCACCGCGAGGUCGGAGUGGUUUGGGUCGGAGUUUAGCGGAGCUAGGAUUGCUCCUGCUGGCGAUACUGGUGCUGCUGGAUGGCACCGUGCUGUCACUCGUAGCAGCCAUCUCCUCCGAAUCCGACACCCAUGAAGCGAAGCCCGUCACACAUAAAAACACAAGCAAGAAGUCUUUCCCCGUCCUCGGCAUCAAGUACGACGACGUCAGUGUCCCCUUUGAAAUUGCACUGUGGGUGCUUCUGGCCUCUUUAAUGAAAUUAGGUUUCCAUCUGAUUCCUCGUCUAUCAAAUGUUGUGCCAGAGAGCUGCCUGCUAAUAUCUGUCGGCCUGCUAGUCGGAGGAAUCCUCAAGCUAGCUCGAGAUGAGGUCCCACCAGUCCUAAGCGACCGAAUUUUUUUCCUCUGCCUCCUGCCCCCCAUCAUCCUGGAUGCUGGGUACUUCUUGCCUAUCCGACCAUUUGUGGAAAACAUUGGCACAAUCCUGAUGUUUGCUGUUGUGGGAACUUUAUGGAACGCCUUUUUUGUCGGAGGUCUCAUCUAUGCUGUUUGUCAGAUCGCACAAGACCAGUACAGUGACAUCGAUCUAAGCACCAUUGGGAUUCUGCCUUGUCUGCUGUUUGGCUCCAUCAUCUCUGCUGUGGAUCCUGUUGCUGUGCUCGCUGUUUUUGAAGAGAUUCACAUAAACGAGCUGUUGCACAUCCUGGUGUUCGGCGAAUCGCUGCUGAACGAUGCUGUAACUGUGGUACUCUACCAUCUUUUUGAGGAGUUUAUGGACUCUGGUUCGGUGUCGGCUGUGGAUGCCAUCCUGGGACUCGUCUCAUUCCUCGUUGUGGCGUUGGGCGGCGUCCUGGUUGGAGCUUUCUAUGGGAUCCUGGCUGCCUUCACGUCUCGUUUCACCUCCCACACUCGGGUCAUCGAGCCUCUUUUUGUGUUCCUCUACAGCUACAUGGCCUACCUGUCGGCAGAGGUGUUCCACCUUUCAGGCAUCAUGUCGUUAAUAGCAUGUGGAGCAGUGAUGCGACCCUACGUAGAAGCUAAUAUAUCGCACAAGUCCCACACCACUAUCAAGUACUUCCUCAAAAUGUGGAGCAGCGUCAGUGAGACGUUGAUCUUCAUCUUUCUGGGUGUGGCCACAGUGGAAGGAGAACACCACUGGGACUGGAUCUUCCUCACAUCGACUGUCAUCCUGUGUCUGGUUGCACGAAUCAUAGGCGUGGUGGGUCUUACGUUUAUAAUUAACAAGUUCCGGAUCGUCAAGCUGACCACCAAAGAUCAGUUCAUUAUAGCCUACGGUGGACUGCGAGGUGCCAUUGCUUUUUCCCUGGGCUUCAUUCUGCACUCGGAACACAAGAGGAUCUUCCUGACUGCCAUCAUCACUAUUAUUUUCUUCACCGUCUUUGUUCAGGGUAUGACCAUUAAACCCCUGGUGGAGCUGUUGGCAGUGAAGAAGAAAAAUGAGGCGAAGCGCUCCAUUAAUGAGGAGAUCCAUACCCGGUUCCUUGACCACCUGCUGACUGGGAUUGAGGAUAUCUGUGGACACUAUGGACAUCACCACUGGAAAAACAAGCUGAACCGCUUUAACAAGAAAUAUGUGAAGAAGAUAUUGAUCGCAGGCGAUCGUUCCAAAGAACCACAUCUCAUUGCCUUCUACCACAAACUGGAGAUGAAGAACGCUAUUCAGAUGGUGGAGAGCGGAGGGGGAUCUAAGCUCAACUCUUCCUUCCCUUCCACAGUUUCCAUGCAGAACAUUCAGCCCAAGAUCCAGUCUCCUCCUUCUGCCCGACCUUCAGAAAGAGUUCUUCCACAGCUGACCAAAGGUCGAGAGGAAGAAAUCAGACAAAUCCUCAGGACCAACCUUCAGAAGACACGACAGAGGUUGCAGUCCUACAACAGGCAUACUCUGGUGGUUGAUCCUGAUGAGGAGGGAUUUGAUGACUUAUUCUUAAAAAAGAGGAGGAGGAUGGAGCUGGACUGGAAGUUAAAACAAAUGACCAACUACCUGAGUGUGCCUCGUCCUCAGGGCUCCCCAACUAUGAGCAGAGCCAGGAUAGCUUCAGGCAGAAAUACUGAUUUCAUACCUGCUCAGCAGAAAAAAGGAAACAAACAGUCAUCAGAUUCACAGGCUUACGUAAAGCCAGGUGCAGAAAACGUGCCCACCAUCCAGAUUGACCUGGCGUCUCCACAGUCUCCAGACUCCGUCAGGCUGUUGGAUGAGGUCGUACAGGACCAAGGCCUGACGAUGAGCCUUCCUUCAAGUUCAAGAGGAGCCUACAAAACCAGUGGGAAAGAUGAUGGCAGAGAUCAGCAGACGCUGUUAAGGUGUCUGAGCGACCCGGGGCCCGAUCCGGAUGACGAUGACGAUGAGGAUUACGAUGACGAUGAGCCCGUACCGACUUAAGAUGCAGAUCUCUUAGAGAAGAGCUGCUGCUCUGGUUGGAAUUUUCUCAAAAUAACAACAGCAAACAAAACUGCAAGUGCUGGAAGAACUAGUAAUAAAUAGCAAGAGAACAAGCCUGAGGGGGAAAAAGAGCCAUUACCUUAUUAUUGUCAUUGCUCUUUAUUUUGUUGACAGCAGUAGAAAUUUGCUGCUGCAACUAAAAUGUUGGAGAAGACGGAUUUCAUGACUGACGAUCUCAGACGUUCAGGAAAGAACUAUGCAUUACCAAAGCUUUGGACUGUUUUAGUGUCAGACAAUGUUAUUUUUAUCUUAUGUCAUUAAUGUUAAGUUCAGUGAGACAUUCAGGGCAUCUUGCCCUGAACAUAAUCAGUAAAAAUAAAUGUCAAUUUUUCACUUUCCCUGUCAAGCUCUGCACUUUAGAUUUUAGUUUUCACCAUCAAUCUGUCUGCUGGAUUCAAACACAUAGAUAUAGCUGUUUGAGACGUUUGGCCUUUUUUCACUAGAAUAUUAUUUUCUUUGCCUUAUUUAAAAUGACAUAUCUUUUUUUUUAUUUUAGUUUUACCAUUAACUGUUUGAAAUCAUAUUGCAGUGUGCAGAUUUGAAGCCGGAUGUGUGUUUACUCUGCAGGACACUGAGUUAAAGAACGAAACAUCUGUAAAGACUGCAGCCUUUUUCUACGACUGCGGCGUUAAUUAUAUGGAACCCUCUCUAUCGCAGGAGGUUGGUGAGUUUUGAUCCUUAGGAACUGAGUUUGUCUGAAAGUUGGAGAAGAUUUUGGUACCAAACUGAGCUAACAUUGUACAUCGUACUUAAAAUAACUUUUAUCUACAAAUAUUUACCUCAGUUAUAAGAACCCUUUUCAGGUCUGGUUAAAAGUUGUUAAAGCAAUUUUUCCCCCUCAUACUUUAAUAGCCAAGUGCCCAGUAGCAACCAUUUUCUAAUAUCACAUAUUUAAUUAUUUUUUUUCCAGUUUGUACAGCCAUCUAUUCAUGUCUUACAACCUUCUGAAUCACUGACUGUCUGCAUGUCAUUGGAAAAAAUGUAAAUCUAUGCAGGAUAGAUGUUUAAAAUACAGUGAUUAAUGAUAAUAUCCUCUUUCUAUACCCUUUAAAAGUGGUUUAGCUUCUCUAUUCAUGCAAAAAUAUUGCUAAAGGUGAAGUUAAAAAUCAAACUUGGGCAUUAUAGAAAAAAGUAAAAAAGUAAACGAUAAAAUAAAUUCACCUGAACUUUUUGCACAGUCUAGCCACUAACUUAUUUAUCAGCUAAUCCUGUUUGAUAAAACUCACAUCAUAUUAAUGUAACUAUCAACAUCAUUGUUUACAGAAACAGAAAUGUCACAUUUCCACAUCAUUUUACAAUAUUUAAUAAGGUUUUCCAACUGUCAGUUUACAUUUUUAUAUAACAUCAGUUUGUUGUGCUCUGUAAACUUGCAAAACCUAAAUGUCAAACAACUGAAUUCAUUUUGUUUUUACAGUCCUUGUGCUAAUUAUAAAACGUAUUUGCUGGUUUAUGCUAUAUUAUUAAUAUAAAGAUGGAAAGAACCUCACAAUGUUUUCACCUUCAUGUUUUUUUAUAUAAUUUAUGAAGGAUAUGUCAUAUGGCACUAAAGCUAAGACUAAAUUCAUUUAAAAAUAAUUUAAAUUUUUUUUUUUCCUACUUUGUGAGACAUCAACUGGUAUAAGAAAGAUUUGUUUUUUCUUUCUGCAAGAAUUUCACCCAACAUAAGAGAAGAACUUUACGUUAUUGACCAAAGUUUGCAAUUAAACAGGAGAAAGAUUUCCAGUGAUAGUUGUGUAGGACUAUAGUUUACCACUGUUUUUUUCUGGUUGAACUAGUACAUUCGAUGUCACCCUGAACGUUUGCCUUCGAGUUCUGUGGAUGAAGGGUGCUGAGUAGUUUGACUUUAACAAUGAUUUUUGAGUCACAGAUUUCUGCUUUCAGUCAUCUGUGAAGAAAUGCCAGAGUAAUAUAUUUUGUUUUCGUGUCCUACAUCAUUGAUGCUCUGAUGCUUAUGUAAAAACAACCACAAGCCCCUAGAAAUGUGGAUCAUCAACAGACUUUAAAUGUAAAAGAGGAAAAUGGCAUUGUUCUGCCCUGCAUGUUUACAACGUUCCUUCACAAAAAUGGAUAGUGUCAGAUUAAUUCAUUUAAUAGCUGGUAGGGAUUUUUUUUUCCCUCAAAGUUUUGUUUCAGAUUGUAAUCAUUGUGGUGGAUGGGGAAUACGAAGCUACGGUUGCAGAACACAAAGUUGCAAACCCAGUCAGUUGAAGCAGCCAUUCUUUGUUCUUUUGACACAAAUACAACCAAGGUGGAAGUCUGCCUCUUAAUCUGAACCACACAUAAAUCUCUGCUGAGAGUUUUAGCAGACGCUAGAGGAUAGCAAAAUUUACAUCACACAGGCUUCGUGAAUCAGUUUGUUUAUUUUUUUGAGGUGAUAACCGAGUCUUUCCUGGUUUGUAAUCCAUAAACCCUCAAUUUGCUAAGAGAAAAUCUGAAGACUCUUGUUUGUAUAGCUAAUGUGCUCCUGAGCUUUACUGCAGCUUUAUGCGGAUAUUAUAGCACUAUAAAUUGGUGGGAACUCUGUACAUUGCUGCACUGGGCAAAUUUGCAGAGAUGCUGUACUAUAUAUAAUCUUGAUAUAUUUUGUUAUGAAAUUAUCCCUGUGCAGACUUAACUAAUUUAGGUAAUUACCAUAAAAAUGGGAGUGUGACAAUUAUUGGAAAAUAUACGUAAACAACGACAACGAACCUUGUAUGGUUUAAAACAAAUUAACAUGCUUUGUUCUUGUUCCUUAGGGGGCUUUUCAGCCAGAACUAAAUUUAUUGCUGUUUUUAAAUGUAACAAGUUCCUGAACUUUACAGCCUCUCAAAAUCUGUUUAUUCAUCGUUGAACCUUUCUGCUGAGUUUUUUUUUCUCUCUCUCAUGUUUAGCAGUCUUGCAAGACAUAUUGCACAUCUAUACACAGAAUAUAUUGCAUAUGCUUUUCAGUAUGUUCAGCUGUUUGAAUUAAAAGUAGAUGAUCUAUGAAUGUGGUUGUGUUACUAUAUUGGAGGGAACUAAAACUUGUAUGUUUAGAUUCCAUUUAUAAAAUGUUUAUGAUUCAUUUCAAUGAUUCCAAAGACUUUUGUUUUGAACAAAAAAGAAAGGAGCACUAUUUUCAUACUUUUCUUUUUCAUACCAAAUGCAUAUUUUAGGCAAACAUUCUCAGAUAUUUUACAGAGUAAUGUUUGGUGCAAAAAUCCUUUAUUCUGAAGCCAUAAGGCCUGUAUUAGAGUGUAUUUGACUGUGUUCAUGAGCAGUAUAACUUCUUGCUUUGGUUCAGCUAAAGGUAAACAAUCUGUGUCUGCUUAUCUAUGAUAUGAUCUCUUCCUGUUGUUGAUGUAAACACUGGAUGUUCUACUGUGGAGAAUUGUUUCAACUUGUUGCAUUCGUCAUCCCUGCCUGAAUGACAAAGCAACACCAGCAUUCACCCGAGCUUCUCUGUUCUUGUUUACGCGUCUGCCUUCACGCUCAUCGUGUUUUACAUGUUCAAGUGCUUCAUUGGGGAACAUUUGUUAUUCACCAUCUGAUGUCAUCGUUUUCUGCUUUUAUAAAUAUGUGUGCAAUGCAUUAGGUUUUCAUGUACAGGAAGCUUCACCUUUACUGUGACUUUGUCAUUGUAUGUUUACUUGAACGGUGAACUUUGACCUUUGUUUUAAAAAGAAAGUCCUGGAACAAAAAAAAAAAAAAAAGAUCAACUCAGCUCUGUGUUUGAGUUUUUUUGUUGAAUAACAAUUUUCCUAAAGAUGAACUGCUUUCUUGGGUAAAGUGAGUACAAUCAGACCCACAACCUAAGCAAUAAUAGUCUUUAAAUCAAGGUCCCUCUCUGCAUGUGACCUUUUGUGGAGAUUUGUCCACUCAUUAUUCUACUUUUGUAUCCCAUGCUGUGGAAAGCAAAUUUGUUUUUGCUUUUUUGUCAGAAAAAAUGUUUCAGAUCAUCAAGCAAAUUUUAUAUCACUCAAAGCUAACUUGAGGGAGUACAAAAUGCAGUUUUGAAAUAAUAGUUCAGUUACUGAAGGGGAAAAUCUAAAAUAACAAGGGGGGAGGAGAAAACUUGGCGAUUAGUCUUUAGCAUCGCCAAGCGGAUGCAGCGGAUUGGUAUUUUAGCCCAAUCCGCUGCCUCCACGUUGAAGGGAUUUCAACCAACUUUCAACCGUUUAAGAUCACGGCCACAACAUCUCAGUCAGAUUUAAGUCUGGACAUGGACUAAACCACUUCCAGCAAAAGAAAAAACUAAUAAAAAUUGAGCCAUUGUUUAGCAGUUUGCUUUAGAUCAUUGUUCCAGCA